AGCUUGUGUGUUACCUGCCCUUUCUUUGUUCCUGUGAUAUCUGUCUUCACUGAAAAGAUGUUGUGCCGAAAUCUUUUAAUAUGUUCUUCUCUGCUAAUACUUGCGGCUGUGGUUGCAACUGCUCCUGUAGAAGAAAAAGAGACCGAAGAAGUUGAAAUCGAAGAGGUAGAAGAAACUGAGGCACUUUCAGAGGAAGAGGAAGAUGAUGAUGACACCAAAAGUCAGGAUAUGAAUAUGGGAACUGGAACUCAGAAGACUACCCCUACAUCGAAAGAUAAAGGUACAGGAAGUCAACAGGACAGUUCUGAAACAGAUCCUAAUGGAAAGAAGCAGAGCAGUGGCAGCGCCACACAGACUGAUCCCAACACAUCAAGCAGUACCUCUGGAGAGGCAGGAACUAAGGAUAUUGGCAUCCAGACAGGUUCAAGCACUGAAACAGCCGCAACAGGUGAACAAGGAAGCUCAAGCUCACAAGCACACUCCACAGGUUCUGGAGGUCAACAAGGGAACACUGCAGAUACCAUCAUUGAUGGAGAUCCCACAGUAACAGAUCAGCAAAGCAGUUCUCAGGUAGAUGCAAAUGGUGCUGGAAGUGUCUUUGGCACAAGUUUACAGAUAGAGCAACCAGGUUCAGAAGCACAUUCUGACUCUCGAACAGAGUUUAAUGGAAAUGGGAAUAAGCUUAUGGCUGGAUCUUACACUGGAACUACAGGAGCAGACCAUCAGCAAAACAUUCCUUCUGAGACCCAUUCUGCAGACUACCCAGAUCAAACUGCUGCAAGUGCCCAAGCAGAUUUGACAGGAAACGCAUCAAGUGCCGAGGUUCUUACAGAGUCAACAGCCAGUGGAGCUAUAGAUCCUACCAACACCGGCUCCCAGACGGACAUCACAGAUACAGGUCAUCAGCUCAGCACUAGUUUCAGCACAGAUUCUACAGAUUCAACUAGUUCACAGAUGGAUCAAAGAGGAGACCAUCACAAUAGUAGCUCUCAACAAGACAGAACAGGGGAUCCUUCUUCAAGCAGUUCACCAACAGAUCCCUUGGGAGAACAGGCAGGAAGUACCACACAACCAGAGACAUCAGGGAAUCAACAAGAAAUCAGCUCACUGACACCAGACUCCACAGGCACAACAGAUCAGAUAAUAUCUAGUAACUACACAGGCUCUACAGUUUUGGGUGCAGGAGAACAUGCUGAUACCAGUCUGCAUACAGAUACAACAGAUAAUGUGGGCGUUCAGGCAAGUACAAGCUCACAAACAGAACCUUCAUCUAUGGAUUUUACAGAAGGUGGUACUGAUCUGGCCAGUAAUGACUCUUCAAAUUCCAACGGCAACGGUAGCCGGCAAAGACCUGUAUCACACACACAUCUUCCAGGAACAAUGAAUCACCAUGGCACCUCCUCAGAAAUACAGUCUGCAGUUGAUACAGGUACAGGAGAUAUUCAGAGCACUGGUUCACACAUAGGAGCAGGCGCAAUUCAUCGGCCGGACUUCACAGGUCCAGGAGAGCUACAGAGUUCAAGCUCACCAGAUUCUAUGGGGAUUGCAGCUGUAACCAGGGCUCAGAGUGAUGUAACAGGGAGAGAAGAUAACUCUGGAGCCAGCACAGGCAUGACAGAUUCCACAGGUUUGGUAGAACAGCAGGGUUCAAUCAUUCACACAGAAUCACCCAUUACAGGAGAUCCACAUGGCACCAUUUCUCAAACGGAUUCGACGGUUACAGCAGACCCACGUGUUAUCCGUGAUCGUUUAAGUAAUCCAGGCACCACUUCCCAGACAGAGCCAGCUGUUUCCACUGGUGAACAGUACAUCACCUCUGGUCAGGGUCCUGAAGGUGCAGAAAAUGUGGAAUUGGAGGAUACCUGCUGAUUUCCAUAUUAAACCUCGUGUCAAGAUCCUACGCUACAGCCUUGAGUGUACAGAGCAAACCGACUGGAAGAAAGACAGUGGUGACCCAACUGUUUAAUAAUAUAAUUUUUGAACCUAUUUAAAAAAGAGCCAAGUUACAAUGUUAUCUUUUAUAUUCAUUUUUUGUUUUAUCUUGCAUGAGGUCUAAUAAAAAAAGACAACUGGAUAAUCAAAUAUUGGCAGUUUUAGGAAACAAUUGUGGUAUUUAAAACAUAAGAAGCCCUCAUCCCCUUGGAACCUAGCAAAUUUUGUAAAAAAAAUGACAAUGUUAAACAAACUAUUAAAGCUUUAUUAUUAUUUUGUAAUGUGCACAAGUGCAGUGUUAGUUUUGUUAGCAAAUAUCUGAAGGAUCUGAUUAACAAUGUACUAAACUGUAAAUUGACAGAUAUAUGUCCUUUGAAAGCAUUCUUUACAUUAAAAUAAACUAUUUGGAACAUCAA